AAAUUAAGUAGUCGAAUACUGACUUGAUGGCUACAUUCGCAUUUCCAGCUAUGCAGGGUGGCACUCUUGUCGAAAGAUGCCGCUAGAUCCACCCCCGUCCCGCUUCCCUUAGAUGACGACAAUUUAAAGGAACGUCUUCUCUCUCCAUUGUUGAAUUUCUCGUCCAUGCGUCUGCUCCUCAAAGACGAGCCUCUGUUGGACGAAACCAUGGAACUGCCGUCAUUGUCCGCAGUUCCUGGGCCUCCACAUCCUCGCGGAGGCCGUGGCAGCUUCUCCAGCAGCUAUAGCAGCGGAUUCGCAGGCACCGACAGCUUGGUCAGCUUCAACAGCAGCCAACUCUUCGACGACAGCGACGAUCGCGAGGUGGAUGUCGAUGCUCUAGACUCGAACUCCAGUCGAGGUGACUACGCGUUGCUGUCGAUGCCCGUCGAGUCUGUCAAGCGUAUGAUACCUACUACAGGCGUCGUUCUUCCGUCCAAUCGAGCGCAAAACGCUACGUGGAACUCGCAAGACUGCCGUUUCCGUCGAGCCACAGCGAUCACCGAUGCCCUUCGGGAACUUCGAGAAGGUCGCGGCGCAGUCGAAGACGAGAAGCCUGAGCCUGUCUCCGUGACGCUACGACAGCUCGUGAUUCGGUUAUCUACGCGCCGUGACUUGUUCGUGAUGACUAUGGGAUUAUUGGCUGCGACGAUCCACGGCACAUUGUGGGCAUUGCUAGCGAGACAAGUGCAGUCCAGUAUCGCUGCAUUUACUCCAUAUGAUCGUCACAAAGUGGACUUUGCAGCUCUAACGUUGAUGCUCUUGUCCUUGGCACUGGGCGUGACUGCGUAUGCUUCUCACUUGUGUCUCUCGCACGCUUCGGAGAGACUGUUAAGAGCGUUGAGGGAGCAACUACUGCGUCAUCUUCUUCUGGAAAAAAGUCAGUCGUGGUUCGAUUUUAACAAGUCCAGUGUUUCACAUUUCGGCGCUGAAAUGACGCGAGAUGUUGUUACUAUUCGCCAAGGGCUGGGACCGGAGCUUGGAGCGGUUUGUAGAUUUACUUUACAGUUUUUCGGAGGUUUCAUCGUGGCUUUUAUUACGCUCUGGGACUUGUCACUCGCCAUAUCUUGUGUCUCUCCACUGGUCGUCAGCGUCAUUUUGACGUUAAAACAAAGUAAAAACACGACGGAAAACGAAGCGGACGCUGUGGCAACCGAGGCACUAAGCAACAUACAGACGCUAUUGGCGCUUAAUGCGCAGCGUAGAGUGCGUGAAAAGCACGCGCUUCGUGUUCGAAUCACAGAGAAACAACGAGUUCUCGAGCAUGGCAGACACGCAGCCUUGCAAGCCACUUUGACUGGAACGUUAUGGAUUAUGAGUGCUAUUGGUCUUUGGUACGGCGGGAAGAAAGUGUACGAUACUGAAGCUGAGCCUGGAGAAGUAUUGGCAGCACUUCUAGGCGUCAUCAUCGGAAGCCACGCACUGGGUCAUUUGAUUCUAAGUUUUUCAGCUGUAGUCAAAGCCAAAAACGCAGCAUCUGGGCUGUUUUUACAGCUGGAAACCGCGACAAAACGUCAAAACAACGUCAUGAAACCACUGCCUCGACCUGCUUCAUGUUCCGGUGCGAUAAUGGCAGUGGAUCUAUACUUUUCAUACCCAAGACGACCCAAUGUUCACGUGUUAAGAGGCUGCAAUAUCUCUGUUUUAGCUGGAGAAUGUGUAGCCAUCGUUGGCGAAAGUGGAGCUGGCAAAUCGACACUAUUGAUGCUGCUUAUGCGACUAUAUGAACCUUCACAGGGUCUUAUACUACUGGAUGGACGGGAGGCUAACGCGUUGGAUUCCACGUGGAUGCGAGCUCAAUUCGGGCUUGUACCGCAACAUGUAACACUGUUCAGAGCCUCCAUUUUCGAUAAUAUCGCCAUGGGACUAGUAGUACUACGAGACUUGAGUGGUCGAAACUCUGACCGAAUGGAGGAGCGAGUGAUCAACGCGGCGCAACGUGCAGAUGUUCACGACUUUAUCUUGUCUUUACCUGAUGGCUACAACACUCGCGUCGGAGAGAAUGGAACUGUGACGCUCACAGUUCAACAGAGACAGAGAAUCGCUCUGGCUCGAGCUUUGAUACGUGAACCGAAAUUAUUGCUACUGGACGAAGUUAUGCUGAGUCCUCAAGAACUUUUAUCGAGGUUUGGAGGAGCUGUGGGUGCUGGGAGCAUGACCAUGCUCUUCUGUACGAGUCAAGUACGAACUGCAGCUGUGCAAUACGCCGACAAAAUCGUGGUUCUCGAGAGGGGGAAAGUUAUGGAGCAGGGUACUCAUGUGGAACUAUUGCAACGUGGUAACAGCUUCUAUCGACGACUGCAUCUCAUCCAACAGAGUACUGUAAGAGAGCAGGUUUUGACCGAAGAACCACAACGAAAGCAGCAACAAUUGACAAAAUCAGCGCCUACUUCGCCUACGAAGCUCACGAAGCGAGACAUUAAAGCACUAGCUCGACCAGAGCGGAAGUUGUUGGCAUUUGGACUCGCUGCUUCAGUUAUAGUCGGUCUUGGAGGACCACUAUUGGGCGUGUUGAUCAGUGAGAUGGUCGCUGACAUGGCUCAGCAACACACGGCGUUUCUCGAGACAUUCGACGCUAGGAGUCUCGUCCAAACACUACGUCCUCUUGCCAUGAGGUAUGGACUCUUCUUGAGUGCAGGAGCGGCUGUCAUCGUGGUGUCCCAAAGCAUUCAACUCUUCUGUCUGGACGCUGCAGCGGAGCGUGUGGCUUCGCACCUUCGAGAUCUCCACUUCAGCUCGUUAUUGGCUCAGCCAUUGCCAUAUUUCGAGCAGUAUAAUACUAAUGAACUGGUCGAAUCUCUUGCUACACAGGCGUCUACUGCAUCACUGGUGGUCGGCCGAGUUCAAGGGUACAAGCUCCAGAUAUUCUGCACUUUGACAGCCACGUUCAUUGUCGCAUUUUGGAGAGGAAGUUGGAUGCUCGCACUUGUGCUACUAGCAGCUCUUCCAUUGCUACUUAUCGGCCAUACUAUCCAUAAUCUUCAGCGUUUAAAGACGACAAAUACACAGAAUGCAACCGAGGAGGCUGUGGAGAUCCACGUGAACGAAGCUCUUCGAAAUCGUCGAGCUGUGGUGAUACUGGGACUCGAGAACUCGUGGUGUUUCAGCUUUGAUGCUCUGUUACAGCGUCCACUGCAAGCUAUCAGGCGACAAGAUCAUCUCGAGGCGGUUGGAAGGGGUUUUGGUGCUGUAGUUACAGUAGCUACAUGCGCUCUAUCCUGUUGGUUAGGGGGCGUGUUAGUACAUUACGGAGACGCUACCCUCCAAGAGCUGCUGCGCUCUCUGGUCGUUGUGAUCGUGUCAGCAGAGUCGCUGGGUCUUGCUGUAGCCUGGUUAGCCAGAGUUGAUGGAGCGUUGCAGGCUGGCGCCAGUAUUUUUGCUACACGAGAUGCUGCUAUUGUCAUUAGUGGAUCCAACGAGGUUUCUGUUUCAGAUGGAGAACGAGAUCCAAUGCCGCAGAGCCCCAUGCUACGAGGAAGUGUCGCGUUUCAUAACGUUCGCUUCGCGCACUCCAGUCAACCAAGCUCUAUUGUUCUUAAGGAUCUUUCAUUUCGCGUUGCAGCUGGACAAACGGUAGCGCUAUGUGGGCCACGAGGUUCCGGGAUGUCGACGAUUUUUGCUCUCAUUGAAGGCUUCUACGACUUGGCUUCCAAAUCAGGAAACAGUGGUCGAGUGAUGCUGGACGGAGUGGAUAUUCGUACUCUGGACGUGUCGUGGUUGCGUGCUCAAGUGAGUUUUGUUGGCUCGGAGCCGACGUUGUUCUUAGGUACGAUCGCAGAGAAUAUCGCGUACGGAAUGGCAGCACCACCGACUCUGGACAUGAUCAUUAGUGCUGCUGAAGUGGCGCACGCUCACGCCUUUAUAUCGAGGCUUCCAGAGGGUUAUGGGACUCGUGUAGGCGGUAAACUUCAGCUCACUCCUAGUCAAAGACAACGGAUCGCUCUCGCUCGCGCUGUGCUUCAAGACACCCGGCUUCUGCUGCUGGAUGAACCCACCCGAUCUCUGGGGACAGAGAGUGAGAAGAUUGCAGUCCAACAAGCGCUCGACACGGUCGUCGCCCAGCGUGUACGUCGAACGACUGUGAUUGCAACUCAUCCGUCAGAGUCCGCCACGGUUAGGAACGCAGACUUAAUUUAUGUGAUUCAAGAUGGCCAAGUUGUGGACCAAGGUACACACUCGGAGCUGUUCCAGAACCAGGACGGAGUGUAUGCCAGACUCCUUCGAGAGAGCGCGUGGUCGGCAGCAGCAUCCUCUUCCUACACGGCAAGUUUGAACACAACGUAACCAACUCCAGAGUAGAUGCAGCUAUCGAUUAUUUCGAUAAACCAUGUCCUUUUGAAGUAUACGUGUACGCUCUCUAUUUGUGCUUUGCUGUUCCGUUAACGCGGACUGUUAAGCCGGUCC